GCGAUUAUUUGGCUCUGGUUGAUUCUACCUCUUUACCCCUCCAGAAGCUGGUAAAGUAAGCUUUGAGGAAUACCUUGUAUCGGACGCUCCAUCUCCCAUAAAAUCCAUGGCACUUUGUUGUUCAAACUGGUUUGCUUCUCAGUGCAAACAAGUUCCAAUCAUGGCGGCAGAAGACAUCACAAGCCUGCUGGAAUAUAUGAACAGAACCAGCCUGCUGGAAUACACGAACAGCACCAAACUUGGCGGUGACAGUGACGACAACCUUCCUCAAGAUGGCAAGAUUUCUCAAGAUGUCAAAACACAGCGCACCCAGGGCCUCAGGACAGUUCUCGCCCGCGCACAAGAGCUCCGGCAACCAGAAUCGCUGGAUGAUUUACUAGCCAUCACACAAAAGCUAGCAACGGGCAGCCGUGACGCUUCAUGGAGACUCCCAAUCGGUGAUUCUGGCAUUUUGGAUUUUUGCCUAGAUUUGCUUGCCGAACCAGAAACAAAUCAAUCACUCAAGAUCCAGGCACUUCGUCUCGUGGGCAACUCGUGCGCGGAUACAGACGAAAACAGAGCACGGGUUGUCGAUGGGGCAUAUUUCCUACCGAUAAUCAAGCUUCUCAUCGAGGACGAACUUGUUCCGUUUGUGAUUCCUUCGUUGCACAAUAUUUGUAUAGAAUAUGAGCCUGCCUAUUCAAAAGCGGCAGAAGCAGGCCUCUCAAAGGCACUCGCAGAAUGGCUUCAGAGUCAACGGGUGGCAAAGGCACCACACCUCGUGGGCAUUGCAGCAAAGACCAUCGGCCUUCUUGCAUCUACGGAACAUGAAAAGGCCUCCAAGGACACAUUCAUCCCCAUCACCCUCCUGAAAUGCGCUUCAUCUCCACCAUCCUGGCCAGCAGCAAAUGCAUCACUCGACAUUGAGGAUUUUGUCAGCCUGGUUUCCACAGCCACCGCCUAUCUGACCCCAGACCGGAUCGUCAUGGCAUCCACAUCAUCCUCCGACUCGCUUGCCAUCUACAAAGGCCUGGAGACAGCAUGUACACGCUUUUCAUUCGCAGACGCGGACGAAGAUGAUCUUGAUGACGCCAACCAUCUUAUUAACAUGCGCAAGGCUCUGGUUGGUAUCGUUGCCGAUCUUUCCUCCCAACCAAACUGGACAGAGUCUUUCUCAACAUCAUCAGACGGCAAUCCAACCAAGUGGCUGGCCGAUCACGGCAUCACGACCGACUGGCUCUCCAGGCACCACUCCCCACUUCAAGAAGCGGCAUGUCUGACGUUUGGAAACCUUGCAUGCGACGAUGCCAAAACGUCGUGGCUCGUCCAAACCCUGGGCAUUCACAAGCCGCUGAUAUCCCUCCUUGCCAAUGAGUACCCCUACACGCCGGGGCCUGACGACGCCGCUCCAGGUGCGGUGCUGCAUUCCGCGAUCGGGCUGCUCAAGAACCUCGCAAUCCCCUUGGGGAACCGCCCGGUUCUCGGCGAGCACCUUCUGAGCACCGUCAGCAGAGUGACCGGCGACACCGAAGAAACCUCAGCCACGGGCGUGCUCCCGUUCCUCUGGGCGCACAAGGACACUCAGCCGCAGACCCAGCUCGCCACUAUAUCACUCUGCCGGUUGCUCUUGACAGGGACGCCCUCCAACGCCCGCCUUUUCUGCGAGCCCCUGCCCGCCAACACGACCUCGGACGAGAACACUCCGCAGCAGCCGAGGACCCAACUUCACGCACUCAUCCAAGUCUUCACCACGGCCCCGACAGAACCCACCAAGACCGAAGCAUCACGAGCCGCCCUCGCUCUCUGCAGAGUCCUGCACGGCAGCGGCGGGCCAGAAUCCACAAUCCUGACCUCCCCCGCCUGGCAGGAUCCUACCACCGGGCCGCUCGCAAACUUCCUCGCCCGCCACGACGGCAUCCACAACCUGCUCGCCUUCCUGCUGACCCAGACCCGCUUCCCCGCGCUCCGCAGCGAGGCGUGGUUCGUGCUGGCGCUGAUGACCCGCCACGGCUCGGACGGCGCUUCGCUCGUCGCCCGCACCCUUACGAGCAGCGACGAGGCCUUGGCUGCGCUCGAGCGCGCCGUGAGCCUUGGCCAGGGUCAGGCCGCAGAGGAGGCUGCUAGGAAGACGGAGGAGGACAAGAAGAAGCAGGUCGCAACCGUGGAUGGCAUUGAAGGGCUGGGUUUGGAGCCGAAACAAGCGGACCCGAGACGGGCGGCACAGAUGGCCAAGAUUGACCGGGAGAACGUACUGGUGUUGUUGGUGCAGCUGCUCAAGACUCAGGCCGCGCUCGAGGUUCUGUCCGAGGAGCACAAGACUAAACUUCAACAGCUUAUGCAGACCGGUGGUGAGAUGGUGCUUGGUGAGCGGGAGCAGCCAACAGCAAACGCUUAGCGACAGGCAAUUAGACAAAACAUUCACACAUUUGAGGCGUCACUGAUUAAA